AUGUCGCGCCUCGCGCAAUACCUGAACAGAUCCAGCAAGCUACUCCGGGACAGCACCUCUCGCAUGCUCCGUAUGUCGGGCGCGGACGAACCCUCGCGUGCCCCCCUGACGCUCUUCAACCUUAACUCGCGUGAGGACCUCCAGCAGUUCGCGACGGGGUGCGACGUGGACAUCGGCGGGCUGUCCACCGUGCACUUCGACCUUGACGAGUCCAGCGUGCUCCCUGGCCCGAAUCAGACUGAGGUGCGGCGACCGACGGCGCGCUUUUCGGGAGAGAUGAGCCUCGGUGUGCGCAGUGGGCUGCAGGGAAAAAUCAGAGGAGGGUACGCAGGUUUCCGGAGCAAGCCACGCCCUACGUUGUUUGGAGAAAUAACGAAUGAUGUAUCGAACCACCAAUUCCUCGCGAUGCGUCUACGCGUCGCGGGGCACCCCCGCACGCGCAACUCAUACUACGUCAACAUUCAGACAGAUGGGCCAAUAACAACUGACCUCUGGCAGCACCGCCUGUUCUUCCACCGAGAUGACGGCGGAUGGGAGGACAUUUUCAUCCCCUUCUCAGACUUCGUGCUUACGAAUGUGGGUGAGGUAUCGCCGGAGCAGAUCAAGAUGUUCCGCGAGCGUGUCCGCACCGUCGGCAUAUCGAUGCUCGGUGGUAACAACGGCGUCUCAGGCCCGUACGAACUUGGCGUCGACUCCUUCCGCGCGGUGAACCACGAGGACAUGCCGCUUGCUGCUAUACCUAAAGUCGAACCGUCGAAAGGAACGCAAUGGGAGAGACAUCCUGUGUGA